AUGGCUUUUCUACACGCGCGCUCGAGUGAGUGCACGGAAUCCGAAUUGGAUUUAUUCUCUGUACCUCCGACACAAACCUCGAUCGAAAGCGGACAAUGGAUACACUAUAAGCUGGUUUCGUCCCUAACCGAUGACUUUUCGAUCGAAUUCGCUGUACCGGGGCACGGUGACGAGUACAUCGACCUUGCCCACACUAUGCUGAGCCUACGCGUACAAUUACGCCGAACAAAAAAGAAAACAACCGCAUCGGCGAGCAAGGACGCUUCUACUACACCAUGGGUGACUCCUAUAAAUGACUUACUUCACUCAAUGUUCAAUCAAGUGGAUAUAUUUUUCAAUCAAGAACCGGUAUCACCAGCUAACAACUCUUACGCCUACCGCGCCUACAUAGAGACGCUGCUGAAUUACGCACCGAACGCUAAACAAUCGCAUCUUACGGCUGGACUGUGGUACGAUAACAAGAACGGCAAAACAGAUAUUUGCGAACCGCGUGGAAACGACGUACCCUUUAUGAACGGUUUCAUCAAACGCAACGAAAUUAUGCGAAACGGACGCGUCGUAGAUUUGAUCGGACAUCUCCAAUGCGACGUCUUUAAUCAGAAAAAGUUUUUACUGAACGGUGUGGAACUACGAGUACGCCUUGUACGCUCGAGAGAUAGCUUCUGCCUUAUGGAAACUGAAGCGCUGCAUACUCUACAUAUUCUAGAAGCAUCUUUACUCGUGCGCCGGGUGAAAAUCAGCACAGGUAUAUUGCUGGCUCAUGCAAGAACUCUAGCCAAGGGUACGGCAAAAUAUCCGGUUACCCGAGUUAAAGUCAAAGCCUUCACCAUUCAUGCCGGCGUGCAGGCUGAGACGCUGGACAACGUCAUACUCGGACAACUACCGAAACGCGUCAUUUUGGGGCUAGUCAGCAACAAGGCUUUCAACGGUGACAGACAACGGAAUCCCCUCAACUUUCAAAAUUUCAUGCUGAAUUAUCCAUCGUUGUACGUCGACGGCAUUCGAAUACCCUCGAAAGCUUUGCAACCGAGCUUUGGAAAGAACGGCGUAUACGUCGACACGUAUCACACUUCAUUCUUUGGGACCGGAGUACAUUUUCUCAACGACGGCUGCGGUAUCGGACGACCACACUACGAAAUGAGAAAUUGUCUCACAGUAUCUGACCUAACGCCUGAUCUUGCGGCCAACUGUUCGUCUUACUGGUCACUCAUUAAACACGAAACACUCAGGAUUAAAUUACGCUUCGACGAUGCACUCCAAGCAACUAUUAACUGUAUCGUGUACGCGGAAUUCGAUAAUAUUAUUGAAGUUGAGGCAUCGCGUCAGGUUGUCACAGAUUUCGGCAGUGAGCCCGAACGCUGA